AUGACGGAGAGCAUCGCAAACAAAAUACGGACAAAUUACCCGGGAUUCAUUAUUGAAGAACGAGGAUUGGUUGAUGUGAAGGGAAAAGGGCCAGUGUUCACAUGUUUUCUCACCGGAUGCAUUGGAUCUCGUCAAUCUCCCGAAUUUGUCAUGAAUGAACCUUCUGAGUACCCUACAACUAGACCUUCCGACGAGUUCUUCCAAUUUUGA